AUGUCUGCCGGGGAUGAAGGGUCCGAGCGGCGCUUCGCUUUCCGCUAUCUCCCCCAGAAACCCCUCCCGUCCCUGGAGAACAGGGACACGCAGGGCCGACUCCGCAAAUGGUCCAUGCAUGGCAGAAUCACCGUGCAAGCAUUCAGUUUUGACCAACAUUUUAAGGCCUAUCGAAAGGAUGAAUUUGUUAAGGCAUUUUUUAAUGAUCCAAAUGUUAGCGCCAAUUUGAAAUUGCUUACAGCUUCUGGACAGUGGACUACACUAGGUACCAAAGUGAAAAAAAUUGAAGCCAUAGUUGUUCCCUGUACACAAGUUUCCAUGUCAUUUUUUGACCGACUGUACUCUGAAGGAGUUGUUAGAGAAACUGGCCAUAUUGUUAAGUGUUAUGAUGACUAUUAUGAUGGCAUUCCCAUCUCAGAUGAGUUAAGAAAGGUUUUGCUUCUGGAAGAUUCUGACCAUUUUGAUUUAUUCAGCCAGUCAAAUCGUGAGGAGUUUCUCUUCUGUCUUUUUAAGCAUCUUUGCCUUGGAGGAACUCUCUGUCAAUUUGAAGAUGUGCUUGGUCCAUACUUAGAAACUACAAAGGCUUUAUAUAAAGAUCUUAUAAGUGUUCAAAAGGAUCCUGAAACAAAGGAAAUAAUUAUUACAUCAACUAUCUUCAAAGUUUCUGCAUAUGAUGAUAACGGUAUGUGCUAUCCUUCAACCAAAAGCCAUGAACAGACAUUUGCCUACUUCAUUGUGGAUCCUCUGAAACGACAUGUUCAUGUUUUGUACCAUUCUUUUGGUGGGAGCUUAUUUUUUAACUGA